CAAUUGCCCAGGGCGUAAGUACUUUACGAUGAGAGAAUAGUUGUCCAAUGUCUAUUCUAAAUAUUAGAAUUGGUUGGCGUUAUGUAUUUUAUGCUGCGCUUAAGUUUCAAUUCUAGUUAUCAGAAUGUCUUGCGCGAAGACCAACCAACUCCAUGCGCUCCUGGCGAUGCCAGCUUCGCUACGGCUAGUCCUAGUUGGUAACCCUACUCGUCUACGACUAAGUCCUACAUAUAUCCCUCUGAUAAAUGUUAGACAUUAUUCCUCAAAAGCGAAAAGAAAGGGAGAUCCCGCCGAGAUCGCUGCAUUCCAAGCACAUGAUCUUGGACACUCAGGCACCGCUCCAGUUAGGGACAUCUCGCAUACCCAACUCCACGAGAUGGUCUCUCUAGCCCUCUCCCCUGACCUCCCGCUUCGUAAAGGGUUGGAAAACCUCUUUUAUAUACGGAACAAAGCCCUAUUGGUUGACGCCACCGCGGAUUUUUAUUUGCUCAAGAAGAAUACCCUCAUUCCCGAAGUCUGCAUCCUUGGUCGGUCUAACGUUGGCAAGUCAACCUUCGUCAAUGGCCUUGCCCAUCGCUUUAGAAAGGAUAUGGCACCUACCAGCAAGAAAGCCGGAAGGACAAAGACAAUGAUGACGUAUGGGUUUGGGCCGCCGCCGGGCAAGAUCGAUCUCCCACUAGAACCUCUAGGCAAAGAGAAAUUGCCUAAAUUUUCCUUCUAUGUCGUAGACAUGCCUGGAUACGGGCAAAACUCGUUAAAGGUAUGGGGAGACAAUAUCAAAUUAUACCUGGAAAAGAGGAAGAAUCUGAAGGGGGCCAUUGUGCUGAUCGAUGGCCAAGUUGGGCCAAAACAAACCGAUUCUCUAUUACUCACGCUGCUAUGCGACUUAGAAAUUAAAACUACCAUCGUUCUCACUAAGGCAGACCAUUGCGGCGAAUGGAUAAAUCGUCUACGCCUUACCUGUCGCAAGUUGAAUAAACUUAUCGGCGACAUUCGAAAAGAGAGGGUGGAAAAAAACUGGACCGUGGAUCAGAAUAUAUAUGUCACCGCUUGUGGCGCGAAAGACACCCAUCUCCUACAUUCAACACUAGAGACUGCGAGGAUAGCGAUUGCCCGUCUAGCCGGUUUUGUGAUAGACGUACUACCAGACACUGACAGGGAUAAAAAGUGGGUUGGAAAACCCGUUACAUUUGAGAUGCUAGGAAAUAUAAUGAAAGAGGAUUCUCCAGUAACCUAUGAGGAGGCCGAAGUGAAAAAUAAGGCAAACGAAGAGGCCCCAAAAACCUCUGUGGAGGCUGGAGUAAAAAACGAGAAGAAUAAUAGUGCUCUAGCAACGUCUACGAAGGCAAAAACCUCUUCUUUCGCUGACCUGGAAAGGGCUGCGGCGCAAGAGCACCGCGUCCGUACUUGGGCUACGCGCUCCUCUUCGCGUCCUUCGUUAGAUACUUGGUCUACGCCAGGAUCACGUUCCAGGACUUUUGUCCGAAGGUUCCACGGUAGCGCGGCAAGGCCGCAACAGCAGAAGCGCAAAUCAACGAAACAGCCUCAAAAGUCUGGUACUGAUAUUUUUGACGCUUUCAUUAAUAGCUUGAAAUCUUCCAACACGAAGGGAAACUACGCGCGAAACGUUCGGGAUCAACACGACAGGAAGCGGCAACCACCUCCAGUUCGCACGGAACUUCGUGCGGCCUUAUCUAAACGAGCUCAGUAUCUAUUUUCGCGUUUCCCCGAAAUAACGGAUCAAACACACAGUUUGAAGCUGAAAAGACAAUCGCUUACGGAUUUGUGGGAUCGAGCGGAAAUGCAGGGUAGUCCGAGUAAGCCAACUCAGACGAAACAGAAGUCAGCCAAGAAAAACGUGGCCCCGAUCGACGACGAUGAAUGGCCUGUGAUGCCUACGCCUGGCGGCAAGAACCGAUCUUCGGCAGCCUCGGACAACAUCAUGACUCCCGACGCAUUUAAAGCUAUGGUGACAUCGCCCAACUCGUCGCCCAACUCGUCGCCGGAAGAAUCGGGUAUGAAGAAGAAGAAGAAUAAGGGCAAGGGCAAGGGCAAGGGCAAGGGCAAGAACGCUAAAGCUGAAAAGCUGCCACCGCCAGUUGACCCUUUUGAGGCCAAGUUUGGCCAGGCUUUCACGACAAGUAAAAAGCAGAAUUUUGGUUCCAGCUCAUUUUAAAAAGGGGCUGGUCGGCUUACUCAUCUAUAUUGUGCCUUGUACAAGUAUCUGUCAAUUUUAUAGAUUCUAAUGUACAAAUACCAUUUCAACUCCUA